AGCGCUAUAACGCGUUGCUGGGUUUGGUUACGGCGGAAUAAAACCUGGGGGGCAUCGUCGAGGAAUAUAAGUAUAAAUACCUGAGCGCCGGGUCAUCCGGACAUCAGUAUCUCUUGCUAAGUUCCCCAAACCAUCACGAGCUCAAAAUGGUCGCCAAGUUCGUAAUCGUCGCCACGACGCUGAUGGCAGUCGUCAAAUCGGGUGUGAUCCAUGCCCCAAGCCCUUUGGCCUACGCCGCGGCGCCGAUCGUCAAGACGGACGAAUACGACCCCCACCCCCAGUACACCUACGCCUACGACGUCCAGGACACGCUGACGGGGGACGCAAAGAGCCAGCAGGAGACGAGGAACGGCGACGUUGUCAGCGGAAGCUACAGCUUCAUCGAAGCCGACGGGACGCGUCGCACCGUCGAAUACACCGCCGAUCCCGUCAACGGUUUCAACGCCGUCGUGCACAGAGAACCGGCAGUCGUUAAAGCAGUUCCCGCUGUUGCCGCCGCUCCGAUUUUAUCAGCCCCGGCCUAUCGCUACCACCACUAACCAAAAGCGACGGCGGCGUCGCGACGCCUUUGAAUCGACUUUUUUGUAAAUACAUUUAUGAUACGUAGAUGUCGCACGCAUAUGCAAGCUUUAACGAAACUUGUUAUAUAUUUUAUAUGUAAAUAAAGAUUUUUUUUU